CUCUAUUCUCCAAUAGACAAAACCCUAAUCUCCCGGGAGCCGCAAUUCGAAGAACCCGAACAUCUGGCGCCAUUCGAUCGCUUUGCUUCGAUCUCCUCCGCUUCAACAGACAGGAAUUUAGAAUUGGUAGCCAUCAUCUUGUGCUAGAGCGCCGCUAACACAUUCUGAUACCAAAUAGCUAACAGAGAGGCGAAAGAGCAUAGUAAAAAGAUGAGGCUACUUACCCACAACAUGCUCUCCUCCAACAUCAAGGGUGUUGUCAAUGGCUUCCCUCUCCGAAUCGAGGUUGAGAAAGUUGUCGAGAAGCAGGUCGACUUCAACCCCGACUUCCUCAAGAACAUGUUCUCCAAGAUCGAAUGGAAGCCCCUCGUCGAUGCCUCUUGCGCUAUGGGCUAUGCUGAGCUUCCCGAGGAGGCCGAGUCGUCGAUGCUCGAUUCCCAUGACUUUCUGCAACGAUUCCACCAUGCGCUUCUGGAGCUACAUCUUGAGGAAGGCGCUCUUAUUUGCCCGGAGACUGCCCGUCGAUUUCCCGUCAAUAAAGGUAUCCCCAAUUUGCUUCUUCACGAAGACGAGGUCUGAGUUUGAGAUUUUAUGAAUUCCUCUGUUUUCGAUUGUUGAAUUCGGUGCGAGCAAGCGAGUUUUUAGAAUUCAUCUCUGGAUGUUCUUGUGAAUUGGAAAAUUAGGGUUUAUGCCUUUGGCCAGGCCAUGAAUGCGACUGAAAAUAUCUUUGUGACUACAAAUUUUUGACGAUAAAUUAGAUGUGGACAUUUACCGAAAAUAUCUAGAAUAAACGUGGAAAUCUGUCUCUA